AUGACGGAGAUUUUACUCAACUUGGAUGCGUGCAAGGAGGGGUUCGGGUUUGGGCUGAUUGAGGACGAGGAAACAAAGAGUCAACGCAUCUCGAACAUCGUCCCUCAAAGUCCGGCGGAAAUGUCAGGACUGCAGGAAGGGGACAAAGUGCUGAUGAUUGAUAAAUAUGACAUCAACAAGUUGUCCUACAAAAAAGCCCUCUCCAAAAUCAAAAAAUCCAAAAAGAAGCUGCGCCUAAAAAUAUUGCGAAGAGAAGGUGGAGGAGUGCUGGAGAGAGUGCCCGAGGGUGAGGGGACAUCCGAGGAAGUAGUAGUGCAACAAUGUGAGGAGGGAUUAGAACGAGUGCCUGAGGGUGUUCCCGAGGGAGUGAGAGUGCCCGAAUCAGAGUGUUUGGAUGAUGGAAUAGUGAAGGAGAAUGAAGAAGUAAUAGUGGAAGAGCGGGAGGAGAUAUUGGAAGGAGUCCCCGAGUAUUCAGCCCGAGAUUGCGAAGUGAGGGCGAAGGAGGGUGGCACUUUCGGGUUCACAUUGGUGAUGAACGAGGACAAGCACCUCAUCGCCAACGUCAUUGCCAAUUCUCCGGCGGCUGACGCGGGUGUGCGGGAGGGGGACAUUGUGGUGCAGGUGAACGACGUGAAUGUGGAGAAGAUGGAGCACGAGGAGGUGGUCGAGCUGAUAAAAGGGAGGGAAGGGAGUGUGAGUCUGCUGGUGGUGGACGAGUGUGCCUAUCAGUACUUCUUUGACAGGAAAUUGACUAUUUCGAGUGAGUGCGUCGAACAUGUCACCAACUUUGGUUGA